CGGCAGAAUCAUUACAAUCGCACGCUUCUGUCGGCUGUACACGUGGAAAAGUAAGCAAUUUUGGACCCUAGCUGGCAAUAACAUCACAUCCCUGCGUUUUCCGUUGGAGGUGGGCAGGGGAGGAGCAGUUGGGUGAAAGAAAGGGGGCCGAGGAGAAAAACGUGCCUCAAAAGACCUUAGAGAUCCUGUACUCUGAAGGUGGAGGUCGUCAUUGACAGACUGCGUGGUCUGGGAUGAAGUCUCAUGAAGUCUUACAUUGGAGCUGACGUUCACAGUCAGCGAAAUCAUCCUUUACCGAUCCUCCAGCAGACAAAGACUUGCCCAUUACCCAUUAACAUAGUCCCACUUCACUGCACUGUUUUACUCCCUGAACAUGGCUAGUCGAAGAAAGUCUACAACACCCUGCAUGAUCCGACCAGAUGACUUGGUGCCUGCAGAUGACCCAGAAGAAACUGAUUCUUGUGUUGAUGGUGCAGAAGAGAAUGGAUCUUCACAUGUAUCUUCUAGUGAGGAAUGGACGGAUAGGAAGAGUUCUGUGAACUCUAUGCAGGAAACAGCAGUGCUGGAGAAACCUGAAGUAAAAACACGUCCACAGCGAAAACCCCAGGGAGGUUACGAAUGCAAAUACUGUCCCUUUUCCACACAAAACCUCAACGAGUUUAAAGAUCACGUUGACUCCAACCACCCCAAUGUUAUACUCAACCCACUGUAUUUGUGUGCGGUAUGCAAUUUCAACACAAAAAAGUUUGAUUCUUUGACAGAACACAAUGAGAAGUGCCAUCCUGGGGAGAGCAACUUCAAGUUUAAGAGAAUCAAACUGAACAGUCAGACCAUUCUGGAACAGACAAUCGAAGGUUCAAACUGUGCAGUCAUUUAUGAUCCAACCAGCCCUCAGUCAGGAGAGGACUUUGCUGCCUUUCCUCUGAGCAAAUCCACUACUAUUAAGCUAGGUAAGCCUAAAGCAGACAGUUUACGGUUGCAAGAUGACAGUCCAUUGGACAAACUUGCUCAAGAUCUGCCGAAAAAGCAAAUUACUGCAGUGAAUGUGAAUGGGACUGUAAUCAUCCCAGAUGCAACACUUAAGGAUGGGCUUUCUCAUAUAAUGCCGUCCCUGCAACGGCCACCCAACUACAACUUAGUACCAAAAAUUGCUGUCCCCUUGAACACUUCAAAGUACAACCCCUCACUGGAUGAUAACUUGACCCUCAUCACCUCUUUCAACAAGUUUCCAUACCCUACCCAAGCAGAGCUCUCUUGGCUCACUGCAGCCUCCAAACAUCCUGAAGAACAAAUUAAAGUGUGGUUCACUACCCAACGGCUAAAACAAGGUAUCAGUUGGUCUCCUGAGGAGGUUGAGGAAGCUCGAAAAAAGAUGUUCAAUGGAACGAUUCAGCCUGUUCAACAGGCAUUCACUGUCUUGCCUGCACAGUUAUCUCAGUCCACUAAAGCUUCACAGCCCCUUAUCCAAACCGUCCCUUGCCAUGUUCUUGGACAAUCUGGUCUAGUGCUGGCACCUGUUGCCAAUGGCUCAACUGCAACCAGUGCUUCUCUUGCACUAUCAGUUGCAAAUCAAAUAGCACAGGGUGUCAAGAGGCCCCACACAGCACCACUUGUUGCCCCAGAGAUAAAGAGGCCUUCGAUAAUCCAGUCCGUUCAGAGUACUCCCAAGUCUGUUUCUCCGACACCAAGCUUUUCUUCAGAUAGUGAGAAAACCCCUGAUCAGAUCAGAGAGCUGACCGCCAGCUAUGCUCAGUGCCAGUUUCCUGAUGACGAAGAAGUGUAUCGUCUCAUCGAGACAACUGGCCUCUCCUGGGGAGAGAUCAAAAAAUGGUUCAGUGAUCAGCGCCAUGGAAACCAUAAGGCAGUGCAGCAGAUUAAAACAGACCUCUCUUCGAAGGACAGCCAACCGCAUAAGCCUGUCGCCACACAAUUUCCACUACUAGAGAGAGUCAAAGGCAAAUCCUCUGAGCAAAUGAAAAAGUUAGAGGAGAGUUUCCAAAGGACUAGCUUUCCGACCCAGGCUGAGAUGGAGCACCUUGUGGCAGAUACCAGGCUCUCCAAAAAUGAAAUCGACUGCUGGUUUACGGAGCGGCGUGCACUACGAGACAACCUAGAGCAAGCCUUGCUUAACUCAAUGGGCUCAAAAAGGCUGGAGCAUCACCUUCCUAUGGGGUCAUUGAAUGGAUUCCAUGAGCAGGACGGCAGAGUCAGGGACUCACCGCUUCCGAUUCUUGCAUCCCCAACGUGUCCAGAGGCCAUAGAUAGCAAGUCUCUCUGCCUUCUUAAAGACAUGUUUGCACAAACCCAGUGGCCAUCACCAGAAGAGUACAACCAACUAGAAGUUCAAACAGGGUUAGCACGUACAGAAAUUGUCCGCUGGUUUAAGGACAACAGAUCUGCUCUGAAGAACGGAACCUUAGAUUGGAUGGAGCAAUUUCAAAGUCUUAGCAGCAAGAGACCCAAUGGACAAAACAGUUCACUGACCUCAGAGCAGGCUCAGAAUGUCCUACAAAGGCACUUUCAAGAUUCAAAGGUACAAAGGGGGGAUGGUUUUGAGAAGCUUGCAGAGCAGUCAAAACUAACCAACCAGGACAUAGUGGAAUGGUUUACUAGUAAGCUGGGCCACAACAUGCCUGAUAUCAGCAAGAGUAAGGACCAACAUGGACAGGCAAACAUAGAUGGCAAGAAGUGGGUUUCCUUGGCAGCUGACAUUGAUGGUAAAGACUUUGAUGCACAGAAGGUGGGCCGAGACCUUGAAGUGCUGUCGGCAGAGCACAGAGUGACUGGAUGAAGUUAUAAAGAAGGAAAAAGGCUGCUAUGACUGAUCUAGACGGGCCUGAUGAUUAAGGAAUGACCUCGGUCAUCGUAUAUGGAACCAAUGAUCUCAUAUUUGGACUCUGAGAUUAUUAGAUGUGAGAUGGACUAGGAGCAUCUGUGAAACACUGUCCAGAGAGUGACCAUGGAGUGCCAAAGUUUGACUGCUAUGUUGUUAGAAUUAUGUUUAUUUUAUAAAAGGGCCCUUGUACAUAUUUUUUUCUGUACUUCAACAGAUUUGUAAAAUUUUUUGAAGAUGAGACUUUUGUUACGUUUAUAAUAGGAGUCCUAAGACAUUUCCCUUGACCCUUAUAACGGAAUGUUCAAUCAUUAUUGUGAGAGGACACAAAACCAACCCACCUGCUGGUGAAGCUGGUAAAAAAACACAAUGUGGUCCAUGAUGGCACUUAAUAUUUCAAGUGGACACAUACAAGCGGUGCUUCAGUAAAAACCAUCUCAUUCCAGAAAACGAGGUGAUAUUAUGGACUUUUCUUUUUUUUUUUUUUUUUGGACCAUGAACACAUUGCCUGCACUCUCAUACUGUACCUUAUCGCCAAGGGGACAGAGCCACAUGGUGGACAUAAUCAUAAUGAACUGAAAUCAGUACAAUACAGUGAUGCACAGCACAUGUUUAUUUGUAGUUCUAGGCUAAUGUUUGGCAAUAUUACAGUAACUGCAAAAUUAUCCUUAUCAUGUUGGCUUUUCCUGGUAUCCAAGGCGUAGUUCCAUUUUCACUACUCAGCUGUGAACUGCUUUCAGCUCGCUUAAGUGUAUUUCUUUUUCCUGCAGCUGCUUUAGUGUCAUGUUCAGACAUGUAUCAGGAAUACUGUACUGCUACCAAGAAUCCUGCUUGCUCUUUAUAAGAACCAGUCUGCUGUAAUUUAAUAAAACACAACUGAUUGAAA